AGUGGAUUCAAGUUUGUUCAAAUGAACCUGGUCGUACUCCCUUUUAAGGGGACAUAGUACUAUGACGUAGUACAAUGUGGAGUAGUUGUAGGUGUGUGAUGUAGUACAAUUAUAAAGUAGUUUAGGAGCAUGACAUAGUACACUUUAGAAUAGUUGUAGGUUUAUGGCAUAGUUCACUAUAGAUUAGUUGUAGAUAUAUAACAUAGUACAAUAAUAGAAUAUUUGUAGAGAAGACAUAUAUGUAUAAGAAAUAAAGUUCGCGUUUUUGUGUGUUAAAGCUACGAGGUGGAGAACUGUUGUUUUGAAUUAUAAAAGCCGAGGAGUUAUAUUUCAAAGAACAUACACGAAAACCAGAACUUUAUUUCUAUUCUACUACAGCUCAGAACUAUACAGCCGAUCAUUUUCAUAUAUAUAGAUACGAAUUAGGUCAUUGAGUGACGUGGCAGUUUCCGAAACGGCCUACAUUGUUUUUUGUUGACGAAAAAGGUGAGAUGGUAGGGGUAUUCUAAAUCUAUUUUGAAAAAAAGUAUUUCAGGUAUUUAGUUUGAUGUUAACGGAUUCUUAUCAACUGUUUUGAAUACACAGUUCAAGAAAAACGCGUCUGUGCAUCGCCAUGUGUACAUGUGUAUCGCUCUCGGAGGUUUAUACUGAAUGACAAAUGUUCUUCAGUCAAUUAUGAAUUUGUUUUCAAAUAUAUAUUGAUAGAUUUUAAUGAUUAUAAAAUUGAAUUAUCAGUCAUCGAUAUAACUGUUGUGUUCGCAAAAUACGAAGUGCAAGCGAGAUGAGUAUCAAUAUUCUCAUAAUCAGUUGUUAUGUUUGAAGGUAUAUCGCAGAAUAAUGACCGCGGCAUUCCUUUGAUCUUUGCAGUGACCGUGGUAGAGUGUAGAGUAAUUGUAGAUCUAUGAUGUACAUUAUAGAGCAGGUGUAGGUGUAUGACACUACAACAGAGUUGUAGAUGUAGGACAUAUAGUUCAUUUUAGGUACAUGUAUAUAACAUAGUUCACACUAUAGAUUAAUUGUAGGUGUGUGGCAUAGUACAAUAUACAUGUAGAAUCGUUGUAGGUGUAUUAUAUAAACAAUGAUUUCUUGCAAAAUUCAGGUUUAGGGGGAGUGAUCAAGGAUUAUAAUAUAUAGACAGUGAUGUGCAGUAUCAAAGUUCAUAUCAUUGAUUCAGAUAUGUUAUUGAACUUUUUCAUGUGACCUCAUAAUGCAAACCUAUUUUCAUGCUGAAAGUCAAGAUGUCGGCACUGGCUUAUGUAACAGACUGGUUUGUUCCAGCUUGUGGAUGGAAGAUGAGGAGAAACUGAUUCUUUAUAAUUAUGAAACCGCACACAACUCGGGCAUAUGUCAAUUCAUAAUGUCAUCUUGUUGAAAUCAAUACAUGUAUAAAGCUAGAGACAGUUGUUGACUCCGAUCCUGAUUAUGCGCAAAAGGCCUGAAGCUGAUAAAUCAGCUUAAUUCCGCAAAUUAACAAUCUGUUCAUAAAUAUUGAUGAAGUGUAAAUAUUUCCAGAAAUCCCACGCCCAUCUGAGAUACAAAUGGGAGUUCUCUGUCAACCUUCGGCCAAGUGACAUCACUUUGUUUUAAAAAAUGUGACAAUGGAAUGAGUUAAAUCUCUAAGUACCACGUGUUGCACUUGGCUGUACCGCUAUUAUCGGGCUCAUAACUUUUUAGACCUUCUUAGCACGUUUGAUUUUCUUUUGAGAAAGUGGUGCACUGAAAAGAAUGAGCCAUGAGUGAUCAGUUUGGUGAUUUGCUGGAUGGUGACGUCUCCCAACGUUUAAAACUUUGUACCCCAGGAGAACCGGAGGCGGACUCCAGUGAUGUUCUUAAAAUUCUACAGUUUUUUCUAGCACCAGAUCUACCUGAAAUCCCUUCAUGGGAACAAGGGCUAAAAAUCGCGUUCUAUAUCCCACCUAUUUUAGUAGAUGUUGUGGGAAAUAGUUUGGUUAUCCUCAUUGUGGCUUUGAACAAGAAGAUGAGAACGACCACAAACUUACUGAUUUUGAAUCUCAGUGUGUCCGACAUAAUGGUGGCCUGUUUUUGUAUGUGGAUUCACUUGGCCACACAACUUCAGCAGGGGAAUCUGUGGCCCUUUGGCGCGUUUCUGUGUAAAGUGACGUCUUUUGUUCAAGUUACGUCUCUGACAUCCAGUGUGCUGACGCUGACCAUUAUUUCCCUGGAGCGAUUUCUGGCGAUAGUGUUCCCACUACGACAAAAAAUGUCCCACAGAGCAGUGAUAGUGGCCAUCACGUGUACAUGGAUAGUUUCAGCAGGAACGGCCUUCCCUUACCUACUGGUGAAGAAACAGACAGAGCACCAAUUCAAAGAUGUAUUACGAUCGCGAUGCAGGGAAAAGUGGCCAUCUUAUAACACUGGACUGGGCGAAGAUGGAUCCUGCAAAACAGAUGAGCCAGGAAAGAAGCUAUAUUACACUCUCACCUUAAUCAUCAUGUACGUCAUACCCAUUUUGGUAAUGGGAAUCACCUACACUAUCAUUACCGUGACCCUCAUCAACCGGAAGGGACCCGGGGGUAAAUCCACCUCCUCCGUAGACAGAGCCAGGAAAAAGGUUAUUCGCAUGUUGAUUGUGGUCCUGGUAUCCUUCGUCAUCUGCUGGACUCCACAGUGGGUGUUCCUGAUGUACGACGCCCACUACCCACCUACAGGAGACACACAGAGGCCUCCUUACUUCGUUGCGCUGAAGUACGUCGCUCUGUACAUAGCCUACAGUAACAGCGCCAUCAACCCAGUCAUGUAUGCCGGCUUCAAUGAGAACUUCCGGCGGGGCUUCUUAGAUGUCUUCAGAUGUCGCAUCUGGAACAAGAAAAACAGAAUACAUUCAGAUAUCGGAAAUUCGACAGUUGCUCGAGGGUCCAUGAGGCACAGAGGAGGAGUCAUGAGCGGAAAAACAGCGGUGACGACAGUGCAGACAACAAUGGAGGAAAACGCGCAUGUUUACGGCUCUACCAACGACUGAUGAACAUUAGAUAGACAUUGUGUUGACUGAUGAACAUUAGAUAGACAUUGUGUUGACUGAUGAACAUUAGAUAGACAUUGUGUUGACUGAUGAACAUUAGAUAGACAUUGUGUUGACUGAUGAACAUUAGAUAGACAUUGUGUUGACUGAUGAACAUUAGAUAGACAUUGUGUCGACUGAUGAACAUUAGAUAGACAUUGUGUUGACUGAUGAUCAUCAAAUGUAGACAUUGUGUUGACUGAUGAUCAUUAGAUAGACAUUGUGUUGACUGAUGAACAUUAAAUAUAGACAUUGUGUUGAGUGAUGAACAUCAAAUAUAGACAUUGUGUUGACUGAUGAACAUCAAAUGUAGACAUUGUAUUGACUGAUGAACAUCAAAUGUAGACAUUGUAUUGACUGAUGAACAUCAAAUGUAGACAUUGUGUUGACUGAUGAACAUCAAAUGUAGAUAUUAUGUUGACUGAUGAACAUAAAAUAGACAUUGUGGUGACUGAUGAACAUUAAAUAUAGAAAUUGUAUUGACUGAUGAACAUCAAAUAUAGACAUUGUGUUGACUGAUGAACAUCAAAUGUAGACAUUGUAUUGACUGAUGAACAUCAAAUGUAGACAUUGUAUUGACUGAUGAUCAUCAAAUAUAGACAUUGUAUUGACUGAUGAACAUCAAAUAUAGACAUUGUGUUGACUGAUGAACAUCAAAUGUAGACAUUGUGUUAACUGAUGAACAUCAAAUGUAGACAUUGUGUUAACUGAUGAACAUCAAAUGUAGACAUUGUGUUAACUGAUGAACAUAUGAACAUCAAGUGUAGACAUUGUAUUGACUGAUGAACAUCAAAUGUAGACAUUGUAUUGACUGAUGAUCAUCAAAUAUAGACAUUGUAUUGACUGAUGAACAUCAAAUAUAGACAUUGUGUUGACUGAUGAACAUCAAAUGUAGACAUUGUGUUAACUGAUGAACAUCAAAUGUAGACAUUGUGUUAACUGAUGAACAUCAAAUGUAGACAUUGUGUUAACUGAUGAACAUAUGAACAUCAAGUGUAGACAUUGUAUUGACUGAUGAACAUCAAAUGUAGACAUUGUAUUGACUGAUGAUCAUCAAAUAUAGACAUUGUAUUAACUGAUGAACAUCAAAUAUAGACAUUGUGUUGAUUGAUGAACAUCAAAUAUAGACAUUGUGUUGACUGAUGAACAUCAAAUGUAGACAUUGUGUUGACUGAUGAACAUUAAAUAGACAUUGUAUUGACUGAUGAACAUCAAAUGUAGACAUUGUGUUGAUUGAUGAACAUCAAAUGUAGACAUUGUUUUAACUGAUGAACAUUAAAUAGACAUUGUGUUGACUGAUGAACAUCAAAUAUAGACAUUGUUUAACUGAUGAACAUCAAAUAUAGACAGUGUGUUGACUGAUGAACAUCAAGUGUAGACAUAUAUUGACUGAUGAACAUCAAAUGUAGAUAUUGUGUUGACUGAUGAACAUUAAAUAGAUAUUGUAUUGACUGAUGAACAUCAAAUAUAGACAUUGUGUUACUGACAGAUACUGAAUUUAGACAUUGUGUUGACUGACGAAUACUGAAUGUUGACUGACGGACACUAUGUUGCCUGAUAAAUACAGAACGUAGACAUUGUAUUGACUGAAGGAUAAUUGAUGCAUAUAUUGUAUGUUGACUGAUGGACACUGUAUGAAUGUAGACAGUGUGUUGACUUAUAAAUACUGAAUGUUG